GCUGGGCUGGGGCUUGGCUUCUGGCUGGCGUUGGGGAUGCUGCUGCUGGGCCGACCUGCGGGACUUGAGCCUUGGCCCGAGGGAUGGCCAAUGUGCGGGUGGCCGUGAGAGUCCGGCCCCUCAGCAAGAGGGAGACCAAAGAAGGGGGAAGAAUUAUUGUGGAAGUUGAUGGCAAAGUGGCAAAAAUCAGGAAUUUAAAGGUGGACGGUCGACCCAGUGGCUUUGGCGACUCCCGGGAGAAGGUUGUGGCAUUUGGCUUUGAUUACUGCUACUGGUCAGUCAACCCAGAGGACCCCCAGUAUGCAUCUCAGGAUGUGGUGUUCCAGGAUUUGGGGACUGAAGUACUGUCUGCAGCUGCCAGAGGCUACAACAUGUGCCUUUUUGCCUAUGGGCAGACAGGCUCUGGGAAGACAUACACCAUGCUGGGCACCCCAGCCUCUGUUGGGCUGACACCACGGAUAUGUGAGGGUCUCUUUGUCAGGGAAGAAAACUGUGCCCCACUGCCUUCCUCCUGCAGAAUAAAAGUAAGCUUCCUGGAAAUCUAUAAUGAACGAGUGCGGGAUCUGCUGAAACAGUCUGAUCAAAAAAAGACCUAUAAUCUGCGGGUCAGGGAGCACCCAGAGAUGGGGCCCUAUGUACAAGGUUUAUCUCAACACGUAGUUACCAGCUGUAAGCAAGUAAUUCAGCUCUUGGAGGAGGGGAUAGCAAACAGAAUCACAGCAGCAACCCAUGUUCAUGAGGCCAGCAGCAGAUCCCAUGCCAUCUUCACUAUCUACUAUACGCAGGCAAUGCUGGAGAACAACCUCCCCUCUGAAAUCGCUAGCAAGAUCAACCUUGUGGACCUAGCAGGCAGUGAAAGAGCAGAUCCCAGUUACUGUAAGGACCGGAUUACUGAAGGAGCCAAUAUCAACAAGUCUCUUGUGACUCUGGGGAUCGUCAUCUCCACCUUAGCCCAGAACUCUCAGGUAUUCAACAGCUGCCAGAGCCUCAACAGCGCAGCGAGUGAUGGUAGUGACAGUGGGAUCCCUAGCUCUCCUUCCGGGACCAGCAAUGGAGCAGGACCUUCCCAGAGGCAGUCUUACAUCCCCUACCGGGACUCUGUGUUGACCUGGCUGCUGAAGGACAGCCUUGGAGGCAACUCCAGAACCAUCAUGGUUGCCACUGUAUCUCCUGCACACACUAGCUACAGUGAGACCAUGAGCACGUUGAGAUACGCAUCCAACGCCAAAAACAUCACCAACAAGCCACGGGUAAAUGAGGAUGCAAACGUGAAGUUGAUCAGAGAACUCAGGGAAGAGAUUGGAAGACUGAAAGCCAUGCUGCUGAGCUUUGAGCUGAGAAACUUCCAUUCAUUGAAUGAGGGAAAGGAUGAAAAUCUGAAGGAGCUGGCUCUCCAAAAUGAAUUGAAGAUUGACCAGCUGAGUAAAGACUGGGCCCGUAAGUGGAACGAGUGGAAGGCCCUCGUGGAGCGUUACAGAGUGGACAUCAACAGCAGGAGGGCCGGGCUGGUCAUCGACUCCAGCCUGCCGCACCUGAUGGCCUUGGAGGACGAUGUGCUCAGCACGGGUGUCGUGCUGUAUCACCUCAAGAAUCUGGUGUCUGUUAAACUUCAUCUGCGGACCAAGAAGGAGGGGACAACAAAAAUAGGAAGGAUUGACUCAGACCAGGAACAGGACAUUGUCCUGCAGGGUCAGUGGAUCGAGAGAGACCACUGCACUAUCACCAGCGCCUGUGGGGUCGUCAUUCUGCGGCCUGCCCGCGGGGCCCGCUGCACAGUCAAUGGCCGGGAGGUCACCGCCUCCUGCCGUCUGACCCAAGGAGCAGUCAUAACCCUGGGGAAAGCACAGAAGUUCCGAUUCAACCACCCUGCAGAGGCCGCCGUCCUGCGGCAGAGGAGGCAGGUUGGAGAGACUGUUGGUAGCAGUGGCUCUCUGGAGUGGCUGGAUUUGGAUGGAGAUGUCACUGCCUCCCGGUUGGGCCUCUGCCCUUUGCUUGGGAAGGAAAGGAAGGCGCUGGGAGAGCAGAGUGGCAAGGACCACAGGCCACCGAGGGCUGGAGAGACACCCUGCGGGGCCCAGAUUCAGCAGCGGCGGAUGUGCUUCGUGGGGGAUUUGAGGCAGCGAAUCCUAGUGGGACAGAUUAGAGCCAAACAGGAACGGGAACUGGACGGGACGUGUGCCAGCCAGCAGGUUAAAGACGAGACCAGAGGCUCUUACACGGGGCUGGAAGCAAGAAUAAGGAAGCGACCUUCCUCACUGCCCUCAUGCGCGCUUGUCCACGUUCUGCUGCCGGCCCUAGCGUGUGCCCGCUGCCCUGCUGAGGCCCGGGGCUUCGUCCACUUGCCCUGUGGUCAGGGGCCCCGGCACUCCUGCCCCAGAGGACCAUGUGGCCCUCAUCCCGCCACGUCACCCUGGCCAGCUCUUCACUCUGUGCAGGUGCAGCCGUGGCCGGAGGUGCCUGAGUCCAGGGAGGGAGGACGGGCUGACCUUCUCUCAGGGUAUUUUUGGUUCGCAGACCAGCAGUGGCUGCUCAGAGAAGGGACCUGGCCGGCCGGCUUGCAGCAGCAGUUGCAGCAAGACCGUGUAGAAGAGAAAGAACUUGCAGCCGCUGUGCCAUCUGAUUCAUGGUGCCAGACAGACCCUGAGACUCAGCCAUCUCCCCUGGUCCAAAGCCAGAAGAGGGUGGUGCACCCGCAGCUCCUGCGGAGACUCGCGCUUCGGGUGGCGGAGCAGAACGGCCGGCAGAGAAGGGUCUCGUUCCAGCUGGAGAGGAUCAUCGAGAAGCCGAGGCUGCUGGAGGCCCACAGGAGACCGGAGCAGCUCAGGGCGCUGUGCUGGCUCCAGGAUGACUGCCCCCGGAGGCCCACCUUCCCGGCCCCCUGCCCUGGUGCCCUGGUCCCAGGGCCUCAGCAUAGAAGCAGAUUGACAAGUUGCAGUUCUUUGAGCCUCCGAAGGCCCUGCAGCCGGCACUCAGCCCAGCUGUGCAGUGUUUUCCUGAAUUGGGAUCCCUCCACCACGUUACCUCCUAUGCCUGACCCUACUGAGCAAUUAUCAGAGAAAACCCCAUCAGAAGAGUACUUGCCCCAGGCUGCUUAUUACCCCCCAAGGACAGGGCAUUUCAUCAAGCAUGCCCUCCGUUCCUCCGGCGAGGGGCAGCUCUGCACAGCCAGGAAGGCCCUGGCCAGGAAGGGAGCCUCACCCCCUGGCACCUGCCUCACUGAGAGCUGCGAGUCUGCCGGUGUCCAGGAAAUGGAGAGAGUGGCCCUGCUGGAGCCACGGAAGCUGGAGGAGCCCCAGGGGAAGGAGCGGGAUCUCCCAGAGCCAGAUGACUCCGACAGCGAAGACAGCCAAAUAUCUGAGGACUCGCUGGCCGAGAAGGGGUACCAAAGCCCACAGGACAGCCCAGGGCUCAGUUAUCUCACCCAUGGCCAUGGCCACUCCAGGGCCGGAGCUCAAGCCUCUGUGAGGGGCUUCACCACACCCUCAGAUAGUCGACUGUUCACCCAGACUCGCAGGAGCUUUUCCCUCGACAGCCUGAUUGACGCUGAAGAAGAACUGGGGGACUAUCGGCAAGAAGAGCCUUUCCUCCGUUCAGCUGACGAGAUGCCCACGGAGACUUUCUGGCGCCUGCAGAACUCCAGUCUGCCCGCAGGGGACCAGGAGGCAGUGUGCAGGCCUGGCCCCAUCAGCCACAGAACAGGAGCCAGGCUCGAUGCCGCCCUGCCAGUGAGCAGUUCAUGUUACCUGGAGCUCCAGCCCCACUGUGAGCAGCCGGAGUUGGCGGUGGAGGCAAGCUCUGCAGAACAAGCCAACACUCUCCAAGACGUGCAGCUUUCAAGAGGGAGCCCUCUGGUGUCCAUGGAUUCCUGGUUCUCCUGUGACUCCAAGAUCAAUCCCAGUAGCCCCCCAGGUUCUUUAUGUCCAAGGCCUGACGUCCAGGAUGUUCAGCCCUGCGGUUGGGAGAGGCCUGGAUACUGGCCCAAUAUGGAAGAACUAAAGUCAUCAGAUACAGAAACAGUCCUGUCCUACAGCUCCAAACUGCCCCUGGGCGGUGCUGAGCUGCCCUGCAGUGUCAGAAGUGUGUACACAGUCCCUGUUUCUGAUACGACCAGGGUGUCCCUCUGGGGCGCUUAUAGGCUUCUUCAGCCAGGAGCCGAUGGCACCUUUCAGGCCAGAGGGGUCCCUGACGUGGCCCAGCAGGGCGUCUCUGAAGCAUCCAACUCUAGUGUGUCAAGCUUGUUGGCUGCCUCUGCCAGCUCAUUCACUUACGUUGGCAGUGCCUGUGAGAGAGACUGGGCUGCCCUUCAGCAAAAGUACCUCCUUGAACUGUCUCAUCCUGUUUUGGAGGCCACAGGAGCACCCAGUCUUCCUCCUCAAGUGAAGGGAAAGCCCUCGCUUGAGGAAGACUCUGGUUCCCUGGCCCAAGCUUCUGGCAGGGGAGGAGAUGCUCUAUUGCCAAUUGGUCCUGGGGUAUCUAGAAGCCCGGAUUUCAACAACUUUCCUAUCCAUCUGUCUAGAAUUAGGCAUUUGAGAGCUGAGAAAGGACAGGACAGUCUGCGUGACGAAGUAGAAGGUACUUCAGAUUUCUUUACAACUAGUGAGAAAGAGAUGAGUCAUAGUGGAACUUAUUCAGCGGACGUAGAAUCAUCGACUUCUGGAACUACAAAUGCGCAGGUCUCUACAGCAGCGAACAAGACAGCGCAUCCCGUGAUGGGAGCAUGGGGGGUCAAAGAGAGCAGCUUGGAAGAAGCCUCUCAGAGUAGCGAGAAACCUGGACUCAUGACAUCCUCUGAUGAAUGUUUCAUCCUAACGAACGCUUGUCACCAUAUUGUCACCAUAGACACCAAAGAACCCCAUUGGCCCCGAGGCUGGGCUCCUUUGAGGAAGAAUAGUGCAGACCCAGGGAAGCAAUUAGGUCAGAACAGCCACUGCCCCCUGCAGGAAGAGAAGGCAGGCUCCCAGGAGAGCUCCAAGGAAGCUGGUAGAAGACACAGCAGGUUUUCCCUUGCUGUUCCUUCAGGUCCAGAGCUGUACCUCCACUCUGCGCCCUGGAAUCCACUCCCAUCUUCCCUGCAGCCACCUCCCUUGGAAACAUUCUAUGUGACCAAAAGCCGAGAUGCCCUAACAGAAACCGCCUUGGAAAUCCCGGCUUGCAGAGAAGCAAGGGCGCCCUCCCCACCUCCCAGGGAAGCAUGGGGCUUUGGACACGAGCACCAAGUCCUCCAAAAUGUGUAUGUGAAGAAUAAAUUGCCAGUACUGUUACAAAACCAGAAUUCCAAGAUUGCAUCAUCUCAGCAGGUCACAGCAGAGAGGCCAGUGGAUCUGAACACCAAGGAAGUUUGCAGAGAAAAAGGGAAAUGCCUUGGAAACAUUAAAGAAGAAAGCCAUAAUUCAGUUUAUUUUUUUGUCACUCAGAACAGACAUUUUCUUCCAUCUACCGGCAUAAAAGUAUGUGAAUUUGAAAAUCAAGUUGGAAUUUUAAAUAAACACAGUCUUCCAGUGCUCAAGCAGGGAGAAAAGGCUACUGUACAGUCCUACUGCAGUGUUUCCUCAGACAGUUCUGGGUCAAGGAAUUCUCUCCUGGUGUGUGAGUCUGAGACGGGUGGGGAAGAAGAGCAGGGGCAGGAUGCAGUCCUCAGAGAGACCCAGGCCUUUGACAUGAAGAGACGGUUUCCUUCUGGGGUCAGGUCUGAUUUCAUCUAUAAAACCAUCAAUUUAGGCCUUGACAAGGACAAGAUAGAGGAAGCCACUCUUUCUUUGAAGUCCAGAUCAGUACAUCAUAGAGUAAGCAGCCCAGAGACAGCAGCCCAGGAUGAGGGUCCAACCCACAACGGGGAAAGGAGGAAUGAAAUUGGGCUUCUUGGAAAAGCGCUCCAUCCCAAAGACGGCUCAGAAGAGUUUAAGUUUCCACAGGCAGAGUCUACAUAUGAAAGAUUCCAGUCAGUUACAUGCUUUCAGGAAAGAAACCUCGGUGAAUGCAAGGUCCCUGGAAAGGUGCGAGAAACGUUAAACCCCAAAGGAGAAUCUCCUGGAAAGAAAUGGAGUAAAAGAGAUAAUAAUGCUGAUGAGAUGGCUAGGCUAGUUAGGAGUGUAAUGCAGCUGGAAAAUGGCAUCUUGGAAAUUGAAUCCAAACAGAGUAAGCAGCUAUGUGCUUCCCACACACCGGGAGUCAGUAAGGAGUUUAUGUUCCAGGACCAGAAGGACCAGGAGAUGGCUGACCAUGUGCUGAGGCCAGGCAGCUUUAGAAACCACCUGUCCUUCAAGGAUCAGCCAUCUUCUCCAAAAUGGAAAGAUGAUGUUAUCUUUAGGGAUGGUGAAGCUGGACAAAUGGAGGUUAACAAUAGCAUUGAUCCCCGGGUACACGACAUCAGAUUUGUGAAAGGGCACACCUACCCAGCUGUAUUAGACAGACCCGCCAGGGACACUGGUGGUUAUUUAGGGAAAUUUACAGUUUGCAGAGAAUGCACCAACACUUCUGCUCAUCCAAGGAAAACGAAAGCUUCGGCUAGAGCUCUGCCAUUGCAGCCCAUGCCUGAGAGGACUUCUGAGGAGGGCGAGCUGGUGAACGCAGUGUACCCCAGACGGCUGCCCCGUGGCUUGGGAAGUCUUGAGGAGCUGGAGACUGUGAAGGGUUUUCAGGAAAGCCAUUUUGCCAAACACAUACGUACUUCUAAGCAAGAGGAGCCAGAAGUUCAAGGCAGAGUUGAAGAAACGGCUGUGCAAAGAGGGGGCCUACAGGAGAAAAACAAAGUGGUUUCAUCAACUCAGAAACUCCCUGGCCCGUGCCAGCCUUGUGUGCGCACAUUUUUCAGCCAAGAGACUGGCCCAUUGCCAAGCCAGCCAGAGUCCUGUAUGGCUCCUCGCCGAGACCUGAGUAACGCCUUGCCCUUGAAUUCAACAAGGCCGCCAAGAACCUAUCUUUAUGUACCUGGUACUGUAGGCAUCUCUUCUGUUGACUAUGUGCUGGAUCCCACCCUGUUGGAAAUGCCCACCAGUCCCCUGGUAACUGGAUCGGGGCGUCAGGACCAGAGUGGAGAGCCCGGAUGCCACAGCCCACGGCAGGGAGACGAUAGACAGGGCUUCUCCGCGGCACACCCUGCUUGGUGUGGGUCUGUGAUAUCCAUGGCUGUGGGAUCUCGCAGUCAAUCCGGUGCACCAGCGAGCAUUCCCCUGGGGGCAGAGGGCAGGAGGUCAACAAGCAGCGGACCGCAAGGCCACGGAGGGGACCUCAGAAGCACCUUGCUGGGCUUGGGUAGCAGGGUGGGUUCUCCUUCUGAAGCCGAGGCAGCUGUACCAAGAGGACCAGACAGAGCCAGUUCCCUGAACAGGGCCUCUAGCCCGCUUGAAAGGGCCAGCUGCCCCUUAGAAGAGGGGGACAAGCGAGGCAGGGGGGAGAGGCAGCAGGCAGAGAAGGAGGCCGAGGACCUCAGUCCUGCCAGUGGUGCUUUCUCAGCACCUGUGUCCUUGCCAAGGGUGCCUCUUCUGGAGCCGUCUGCCCGUCCACCCACGUGCCUGGCUGAGUUGGAGGAGAUCGGACAGGCAAAGGCCCAGGGGAAGCAGCUUCACAACGUGGUGGCUGGGGGCACAGUCCUUCCUCACGAUGAGAUGCUAUUAGGACCUGAAUGUUCUUCAGGGGCCCCUGGCAGGCCUCAGUGUCCACAAAUGGGCCAGUCAGUGUCAGCCGGGACCAGAAAUGAGCGUGAAGCAUGGGGAUUUCAUGUGGCGUCUCUCUCUGCUAAACCAGGACACCUGUCAAGUGAUGAGAGGACAUCUGUCCUUCAGGCCACACCCCCCUCUUCAGACAGCUGUCACCCUCUGCCCAGCACUGACACUAACACAGGGCCACGGCACCCCUCACGGACUUCCUCCCACGCUGACCCUGCUCCAGGUAAAAGUCACUGUACCGGAAAACUGAGACAUUUCCUGGGAGCCAGUGAACAGUUUGUGUGUCACACUGGCUCUUCUGAAAUCAUAGAGAAAGAGGGAGAAGCAACCAGAACACCUUCCUCUGCUGAUGCUUUGGGCUCAGACAGUCUUCCUUCUUCAGCAGCUGUGGAGGAGGACAGGAGGGUAAGGGCGGAGGAAGUAGUGGCUGCCUUACCUUCUCAGGCCCCUUUUGAUGAUGCUGGAGGGAUUCCACAUGGGCGAGGCCCGUUCGCUGCCUGGGAGGCUGCCCAGGGUGUGCUCCCUGGCUGGCAGGAGAGCAGCCCAGCCCACCAAGAACCUGGGACUCUGGACAACACAUGGGGAGGAGGUCCUGGUAACUUCCUAGUGGCUGCACAAGGAGGAAGAACAACCUGUUUUGAAAGUCAACUUGUGAUCUGUGAUGUUCAGAAUUCUGCCAGCCUCUCAUGGCCUAACCAAGACCAGGGCCAAUGUCUUGAGGCUUCCACCGGCUUAGAAGAAGGGAAGGCGAGUCCCAGAUGGGGUGCCGUCCUGCCCAGAGCCCUGAGAGGGAUUGAACCGGAAGCUCGCUCUCAGCAGCCUGUGAAGCAGGAGGGGAGUGUUGGCUAUGGGCUAGCAGAAGCCUGCAGGGCCAGUGUCGAAGGUCCCAGGCCAACUCUGUUGCCGGAUCAGAGACCCGGGGGAGUUAGGGAGGAGGCCCUGCGCACGUGCCUGCGGGAAACUUCAGACUGUGGUGUCUUUUCGGGGAGCACUGAAGGCAGCAGGACCCUCAGCCCAUCUGGGGGCCAAGAAGACAGCAGAUCUCAUCCUUGCCGGCAACCGCGCAACCCUCAACCCGUUGCUUCCGGGGCCCGUGCCUCCCCUUCCUCCACUUCACUGUGUUACAGAGACAGUGACCUGGGCAAGGGGGCUUCCGAGGCCACCCCACACACUCGCCACCCACCCUGCGUGGUCCCUGCCAGGGCCUGGGGAGUGGAGAGAGGAGAGGGCCAUUGCGGGGAACCUGAUGUGCUCUGGGCACAUGGCCUUGAGCCCAAAAGCAUUAAUGUGGAGUUGGGGCUGGCAGACGGCAGCACCCUGGAGACCUCUGCUGCUGCUCUCCUGCCUCCGGCUCAGGGCUGCAGCUCCCCUUCCGCCCCUGAUGUGAGGACAAGUCCCCUCAGCCCCUGGGUUGCUGACGGAAGCUCCAGGUCAGUAGGGGAUCCUGAGAAAAAGGCUGCCGAGAAGAAAGUCAGCACUGAGCUUGAGGCUCCCCCUUUCCACGCAGGCAGGUGCUCUGAGCCAUCCGGGAGGUUUCAGGACAGCUCCGCUGGUGGCCGGAGUGCACAGGGCUCUCAAACCAAGCCAGAACCACCUGCAACAGCUGGGGGACGACACAGCCUGAAUUUAAGUGAAGGGUGUGUUGAGAGUGAGCCGCCGGUGGAACCACAACGUGGAUGUUUGGGAAAUGCCAUCAGAUGCCUUCCAGAAAAGCCGCAACUUUCCGCAGAGUCCAGGGAUCAUAGUGGCUUGGAUCCCCAAGCCCAACUGGUAGCAGAGUUACAGCGCGUCUCCAGUUCCCAGGUUGACAGCCCCCGGGAGGAGGAAGAGCAGCAGAGAGACCAGGCUUCAGGUGGCCGAGAGGACGCUGCCUGGGGCAGGAGCCCCGCAUGCGCUGAUGAAGGUGGCUCAGGCAGCUGUCAGAUUAGAGGUGCAGGCAGAGAGGACGUGGCUGUGGCCAGGCCCCCUGCAGCCUUCAGAGACUCAGCCACUGUCCCCUUGGGGCAACGCGCAGCAUGUUGGCCUGUGGCCCAGGGCCCCGGGCAGCCCUCUUCUGGCGGGGAGCAGCCGGCACCCCGCCACCAGUGCUCACUUCCUGUGAUCGCCAUCGUCUCUGGCCCCAAACACUCUAGACCGCAGUUCUCUGUGGUCAGCUCUCCCCGGUCUCUUCAGGAGCUAAGCUUGAGCGUGGAGCCUCCUUCCCCGACAGAUGAGGAUAUACAGGAGCCUAGCAGAUUGUGGACCCCACAUCCCAGAGGCUCUUCCUCAGGAAAGUCUGCGGCAAGAACGUCUCUGAAAGCUGAGGGCCGCGAUCAGGAAGCCUCCUCUGACUUGGAUGGCAUCGCUGCUGAUCCCAGGUCCCUGCCAUCCACACCCCCUCCUUACCCGGCGACUUCAGCUCUCUCGUGCAUGCCGACCCCUGCUCUCAUGGCUGCUCGGCCAUUUGGUACUCCGGAACAGGUGCAGCCGGGAAAGCCAGAGAGACUGGGUGGCCAGGCACGGCUCUCUGAGGCGGGCGGAGGAGCCCUGCUUUUUAGCCCCAGCGCCAUCGAUCCCGGCGUCCUGCCCGGGCGUCCCGAGGGGCCUGCGCGUGUUGGCUGGAAGCAGUAUGUGUUUGGCGGCGCAGCUGAUGUCUCCCGUGGCUCCACACCCCAGGGCCUGACACCGUCCGACAUGGACCGGUGCUUCCGCGAGGACGACGGCCUAGACGACCAGGGCUGCCCGGUCUACUUGCACCGCAGCACCUUGGCCAGUGCCCGAGGCCUGUCGAGCACACGCAGCCACGUUGAAAGUGCCCGCCGUUCCCGUGAGGCCUGGGGAGUCUGGGGUUCCUCGUUUGCCCUGGGGAGCCCCCACGUCCUGAUCAGCUCUGAAGGGGCAGCCCCCCCUAAGGGUCCUGGCGAGAGAGGCGGGUUCCCGGGCACCCCUGAUGAGGCAGGCUGUCUGAGGAGGGAGCCCCCCUUGGCUGGAGGAAGUGCUGCGGGCCCGGUGGAUGAGAUUAUGCUGCUGUACCCAUCAGAGGCGGGCGGCCCUGUGGGUGUGUCCAGGAUGAACACCUUGGAGCAGGGCACCCAGACCCUGGGCUGCAGGUCCCGCUGGAGCUACGCUGACCUCUCCUCUGCUCAGUCGGAUCUGGCCUCUUGGGCCAGCAUGCACGACCUGUCUCUCCGCCUCUCGCAGCUCCUGCACAGCACCUCGGAGCUGUUGGGGAGUCUCUCCCAGCCAAGUGUGGCCAAAGAAGAGUGGAAUGCCAAGAGGGAGGCCCCGGGUGAGGUGCCCCAGGCCCUGAGGAUGGACGGCUGUACUCAGACCACCAUGGAUGAGGGCAUCCAGACUGACCCGGCCUCACCACCUCUGCAUCUCCAGGCCCCAGAGGCCAACCCUCAGAAAGUCAAUGCGGUCCUUGAAAGGCUGGGCUCAGAUCUUUCCAUCACGUCUCAGGAAAAGGGACAUGUCCCAGGGACGCUUAAGAAGAGAGGGGCAGAGGGGACUGCACGGAAAAUAGCAGGGCCCCAAGAUCUUGAGGAAGAAAACACCCUCUGCAGGCCCCGGAGCGGCCCCGUACCCUCAUCCCACUUGAGUUUUCAGAAAGUCCCCUCUGGGCAGAACCUGCCUCCUCUGAGCCCCCAGACUUCUCCGGAUGCCCCCCUGCCUCGCAGCCUGGCUGGUGGCAGCCCCGGCCGCAGCCUCAGUGCAUCUCCCUCCCCAGGGCCCUGCCCCCACGCUGUGGAGCCUGUGGAGGAGCCCAGGGUGCAGAAGGAGCGGGGCCCCACGAGCGCCUUGCGGGUGGACAGGGCCUCCUCCCCGAUCCUCACGCUUAGCGCCAGCACCCAAGGGUCAGGGCGCCCCCCAGGCGCUUUGUCUCUCUCGGCCCCCUCAGCUCAUUCCCUUGAAGGCUGCCAGAAGCUCAUCUCCCGCCCAAGCCUUCCCCUGGGCGCCCCGAGGCCUGCAGUGGGUAAUUAUUCUCAAACCACUGAUGAGUCAGGUAGCUCUCAGAGAGUGGAGGCCCUGUGUGGAGAAGGUAGCAGUCCCUUAGAAGGGAGUGACCACAGGUGCUCCCUUGGGCUGAGCUCCCGAGGCCACCCAGAGCAGAGCGCGAAGCCCCAAGUCUGUUGCGUGGAGCAGGCCCCGCAGUGGCGUCAGCCCAGGACCACCACCGGGGCCCAAGGCAGACUGUCACCUCCACCACCGGGAAGCAGGAGCCGGAGGCUGGCUGAUGGCUUUGUGCCUGAGGACAUGGCCUCCCUAGAGUGUGGCCCACUGAGCAGUAGGGGGCUGAGUCGAUGGCAGUGCAGGACAGAGAAUGGGGGUGAGGGCUCAGCAUCUCCAGAGGAGCCACGGCCUGCUCUGAACAUUUCCUCUUCGUGGGGAGGCCUCCGGCGCCGCCGCCCCUGCCCUUUCUUUGAGUUGGCUGAUCCCUCAGGGCUCCGGGGUUGCAUCUUGGGCCCAACUGAGGCUUGCCAGCCUGAGGGGCCGCUGCGCCCCAGUUCCCAGAUGUGUACGGCCCCUGAGCCCCAGCACCAUGGUCUGAGGGACCUCCCGGUGUAUAACAAAUUCAGCGAUUGGUGUGGGGGUCAGGACGCCUCCCCUGGGGUGCUGGGUGUGAUGGAUUUGCUGGGGACCAGAUGUGAUUGCAGCUCAGGAGAGCAGGGACAGAGGCCCCCACAACCUCCUGAGGACCAGAGCCAGGCGCCCGAGUGGUCCCAGAGGGAGCAGAUCCCCCUGCGAGUUGGGGCCCAGACCCUCUCCCUCAGCGUGGAACUCACAGAAGCAAAACUGCACCACGGCUUCGGGGAGGCAGACGCCCUGCUGCAGGUGCUGCAGAGCGGGACAGGGGAGGCACUCGCUGCCCAAGAGGAGGAGCCGUACGCCUGGCCAGAACGCACCACACACAGCCUCCGGAGGGAGCGGGCUGAACGACUUCAGAACUUCCGCCGGACGGGAAGCCUCAGCCCCCAGAAACAACUGAGCUUCCCAUCCAACCGGGAUCUCCCCACCUGGGCCUUUGACUUGCCCAGCAGGCGCCGAGAAUACCUGCAGCAGCUGAGGAAGGAUGUUGUGGAGACCACCAGGAGCCCAGGAUCAGCGUCAAGGUCUCCUCACCCACCCUCUGACAUAGAGCUGAUGCUACGAGAAUACCAGCGGGCCCGUGAGGAGGCCAAGGUGGAGAUUGCCCGGGCCCAGGCCCGACUGCGGGAGCAGACUGAACAGGAAAAGCUGAGAAUCCGCCAGCAGAUCGUCUCCCAGCUGCUGCGGGUGGGGAGUGGGGAAGAAGAAAAGCUACAUACCCUGGCCACCUCCAGCUCUUGGUGCACCAGCUCCAACGGAAGCCUCUCCUCUGGUGUCACCUCUGGCUACAAUAGCAGCCCGGCCUUGCCAGGCCAGCUCCAGUCCCCAGACAGUGUUGGGGACACAAACUUGCCUGAUUCCAGAGACUCCUGGAUAGGGGAGGUGUGGGGCCACUCUGAAGUGAGGAACAGUCAGCUGAACCUGGCCAGCUCUGCCUGGAAAACCUCAGCCUGCAGCCGCAGAGCCUCCCUGGGCAGUUGCUGCUGUUCUCCAUCCAGCCUGUCCAGCCUGGGGACCUCCUUCUCCUCCUACUACAAGGAUUUGGCCAAGCACAUCGUGGACAUCUCUAUGGCUGAUGUAAUGGCUGCUUGCUCAGAUAAUCUGAACAACUUCUUCAGCUGCCGGGCAGCAGCUGGCUGGAACCAUCAGGGCGAGGAGCAGGAGGUGCAACUGUACUACAAGGUGUUUUCUUCUACCCGGCAUGGCUUCCUGGGGGCUGGCGUGGUGUCCCAGCCACUGUCUCACGUGUGGGCAGCUGUGAGUGACCCCACCUUGUGGCCCCUGUACCACAAGCCCAUCCAGACAGCGAGGCUGCAUCAGCGGGUGACCAACAGCAUCAACCUGGUGUAUUUGGUGUGCAAUACCACCCUGUGUGCACUGAAGCAGCCACGGGAUUUCUGUUGUGUCUGCGUGGAAGCCAAAGAGGGGCAACUGUCUAUCAUGGCAGCUCAGUCUGUGUAUGAUACGUCCAUGCCGAGACCCAGCAGGGAGAUGGUCCGAGGGGAGAUCCUGCCCAGUGCCUGGAUCCUGCAGCCCCUCACUGUGGAAGGGAAGGAGAUCACCAGAGUCAUCUACUUGGCCCAGGUAGAACUUGGUGCUCCAGGAUUCCCCCCUCAGCUCCUAAGCUCCUUCAUCAAACAGCAGCCGCUGGUUAUAGCCAGACUGGCUUCCUUCCUUGGUAGUUAGCAUCUCAUGGUCAAGAUGGCGCUCCAGGACGCCCCAGAGAUGCUGGGGCAGCUCUUGUUACUCUCCAUAUCCUGAUGUAAGAAGAGCCAAGGCUACCUGCUGUGGCC